GAAGAACCGCCCAAAAUGAAGCAAAAUCGUUCUAUUCCCACGAGGACAAUACCGCCACCACCACAAUAUUUUAGUUUAGUGGGAGAGGGCUUGCAAUCAGAAAAGGAAGACGGCCACGAAUCAAGUUUACCAGGACCGAGUGACCCCCCAUCGCCAACUAAUUCACAGCAAUACCAAGGCACACUCUCUAGCGAGCAAGUUUUAUCUAGCUCUCACGAAUUGGAAAGCCGUUCGAUUCCUCAGGCAGAGGACAUUGAUACAACUUUCGGCAGAGAUAAUGGCACGUCACCAAACGCAGGAAAUUUAGAAUUCCAAAAGUGGAUGGUACGUCAAAUGAAUGUGAUGAAAGCCCAACUGCGACAACUACAGGAAAGCGUAGACGUUUUAGUGAGCAAUUACAAUUGGGGGACCAAGACGGGUGGUCAAAACGAAAAGUUUCCAGUGGGUUUAUUACCAGUGGAUGAUGAGUCUGACUUGAAGAAACUCGAGGAUUUCGCCAAGGCAUCAAGAAUCACAUUGAUUACAGAACUGCAGAAAGGCAUACGUGCGACCAAGGAUGUAAAGAUUGCUACACAGCGGAUACUAGCCAAGUUGCUGACAGAUAAGUAUGCAUCGUCAUACAACUGGAUUGGUUCAAGAGGACCGAAGUCACCUUUUUCAAAAUCAUGGAUGAAGCACAUUAUAUAUGAGGCAAUUCAAGGACUGGAAAACUUGGGCAACGCUGACGACGACGAGAUUUGGGAAGCAAUUAAAAAUUGGCUCAAAAAUUCCAACAAGCGUAUUGAAUCGGAUAGGAAAAAGUUGGAGAAGUCCAAUGCAGCUCUUCCAUUAAGAAAUACUGGACCAGAAUCAGACAAUUGAUUUUUUUCACAAUUUUUUAUUGUUAUUUGGAUUUAAAACUUUAUGUAAUGUUAAUGGUCAGUAAUAAAUCAUAAUUCCCGCAUCUAA